ACGAUAGACGCAUUAUUCAAUAAGAAUCUUCAUACUUGAAACUUGGUUAAACAACAAUAUAAUUGUAUGUAUCCAAUCAAUUCUGUACUACGCUGAAAACGUAUGUCGAGAACGGACUCGAGUUUCCAUUGUUCUUCUUUUUCGUAUCGUAUAUACUUUUUGUAUUCUUGCGUACGCUUUGUAAUCGUGAUCGAUUCUACAUUUAUAAUGGAGCAACCUAUUGGUAAAAUGGUCAAAUUAGCAUCUCGUUAUCCCGACCUUGUAACUAUAAUCGUAAACGAUAAACGAGUUUAGUUACAAAAACAGCUGUCGAACGAUAGAAUCGAUCGAUAAGAGAAAUUAAAUGAUUAUUUUUUUAGUUCAGCCGAAAGUAUAUACAUAUACAUGUACAUACACUUUGGUAGGAUACGAUACGAUGUUUCAGAAUGUUUGGGUUUGUAGGCAUGUACAUAUGUACACCUAGCGUUGGUACGAAACCAUACACAUUCGUCCAUGUUCGGCAGGUGUAAAUCGUUCGCGUGCCUUCGAUGCUAUUCGUUUUAACGAUCGUAUCGAUUUAUUCUUGUGAAAAAUGUCGAUGCAUAUAAGCGAUUAUGUUUUCGAGACAUUGUUAGGUCGAGGUACUUUUGGAUCCGUUUAUUUGGUGCGAAGAAAGACAAAUUCGAAGCCAUUCGUUGUCAAGGAACAAAUGUUCAAUGCUGCGAAUGCUUUACCCUUUAAGAAUAUAUUAGGGGAAGUGCAGUAUUUACACAAGCUGAGGCAUCCGAAUAUAGUGGCUUAUUAUGGAGCCUGGAUAGAAGACGACCGCUGCUAUAUACUUAUGGAAUACGCGACACGAUGCACUCUGAAGGAUUUGCUGAAUAAGCGGCGAACGCCGCUCACGGAAGGUGACGCGCUGUACCUCUUUUCACAAGUUGUUCUCGGCGUUCAUCACAUACAUUACAAGAAGAUCCUUCAUCGGGACUUGAAGCCGGAGAACAUUAUGCUAACCGGAAGCCGUGGCGACAUCGUGAAAAUCGGUGAUUUCGGAAUAUCGAAAAACUUUCAAGAUAGAUAUUUAAUCGUGCAACGUCGACGAUAUGCUCGCAGAGUAGGAGAUUCAUCGAUAACCUGUCGCGCUGGAUCGUUGUAUUACAUGGCUCCGGAAAUAUUUGAAAGGCAAUGUUACGAUUUCAAAUGCGACAUAUGGAGCAUGGGAGUCGUUCUUUACGAGAUGGUAACAAAGAGACAUCCCUUUCCUGCCACGCUGGAUGAAUUUCAGGAUGCGGCGGAUAUCGUGAAAAUGGUAUGCAAGGAACAACCACGAUCCUUUCGUGGAUACGCAUCGCCGGCUAUCGUUAACUUGAUAUCGAAGAUGUUGAGGAAACUGCCGUUUUCCCGUCCGAAGACGGAUCAAUUGAUGCUAUGCCCCUAUCUCGUUCCUUUCAUCGCUCGAACGUAUUUGAAUCUAGGUCGGGUUCCGUGUACCUUCGGCCAGGAAAAAGGAAUUUGGAAUUCCGAAGUAUUUCUGAAAUUUCUAAAGCCGCUCGACAAACAUAGGACAAUUUGAUCUCGACGAACGUCGAGAAUGUUGAAAAUAUCGAAACGCGUGUCGUGUUUGACCGAUUCUAAAGAAAAGCGAUUCGAACGAUUACGGUUCCGAUCGAACGCGAGAACGCGAGAUCGAGUCUUUCGACGAUACGGCAUCGUCGAACUCUCCGGUUUCGCGUAUCGCGUAUCGCGUAUGUACGUGCUAGGUUGAAAAGCGUAACGACAGGAAGCGAAGACCGGAACUGCGGAAUGCUCGUUUUAUUUCAUCGCAUGCGUACACACGCGCGUCUCGAAAACCGUUCGGCCCGUUCGUCAUUUAGUUGGAAGAACGCGAUCGCGUAGCCGCGCGUUUCAAAUUCGUUUCGCAAAUUUGUUCGGAAAAUACGUCUCGAAUUCGACGGUGGAACGAUGUAGAUGGAAACGUCGACGAUUCCGUGAACGAAUUACAACGCGGUAAACGCGUCGAUGCUCUGCGCGUCGAGAUAAACGAUUUUGAAUAAAGCUACGAAAAAU